UUCGCUGAGGUUGUUGCUGACACAGUCACUGGUUGCUGUUGCAGAGAAAGAACAGCAACAUAGGAUGGCACUGUCGUCACACAUUUGCAUCUCACACUUCACUUCACCUCCUUCAUCUCUCUCGGCUUCUUCCCUUCGAUUGUCUUCGUUAUACACCCUCUCGAGUCGCAACAUCCGUGGAACAAACCUUAAUUCUCUUCAUUCUGAGAAGAUCCUUUUGCGGCAUAAGCAUAAUAGCCCUUGUUCCUCAAUGUCUUCUUCUCAGACAUUGUUGGAUGGGACAGGUAAACCAUCCAAGAGAGUUUGGAUAUGGACCAGCAACAAGCAGGUCAUGACUGCAGCAGUAGAGAGAGGAUGGAACACUUUCGUUUUUCCAUCGCACCAUCGACAACUUGCUCAUGAUUGGUCUUCUAUUGCGGUAAUAUGCCCUCUUUUUGUUAGUGAGCGGGUGAUUUUGGAUGGACAGAAUACAAGGGUAGCCACAAUUUUUGACGUUUCGACUCCAGAGGAGCUAGAGGGACUUAGACCGGAGGAUGAGCAGGCAGAGAACAUUGUAGUUAAUUUAUUAGAUUGGCAGGUAAUACCUGCAGAAAAUAUCAUUGCUGCAUUUCAAAGCAGCCAUAAGACCGUGUUUGCCAUAUCUAAUAAUACAUCUGAAGCUCAGGUGUUUCUCGAGGCACUUGAACAUGGUUUAGAUGGCAUAAUUAUGAAAGUAGAAGAUGUUGAACCUGUUCUUGAGCUAAAGGAAUAUUUUGACAGAAGAAUGGAAGAAAGUAAUCUACUGAGCUUGACCAAAGCCACCGUGACACAUAUUCAAGUGGCUGGAAUGGGGGAUCGUGUUUGCGUAGAUCUCUGCAGUCUCAUGAGACCUGGUGAAGGACUUCUUGUUGGAUCUUUUGCCAGAGGAUUAUUUCUUGUUCACUCAGAAUGUUUGGAGUCAAAUUACAUUGCAAGCCGGCCUUUUCGGGUGAAUGCAGGACCAGUGCAUGCUUAUGUUGCUGUUCCAGGAGGCAGAACAUGCUACCUGUCAGAAUUAAAAUCAGGGAAAGAAGUGAUUGUAGUUGAUCAACAGGGUCAUCAACGAAUUGCAAUUGUUGGGCGUGUAAAGAUAGAAAGUAGACCACUAAUCCUUGUGGAGGCAGAGAUAGAAUCAGAUAAUCAAGCUAUCAGUAUCCUUUUACAGAAUGCAGAAACAGUUGCCUUGGUUUGUCCCCCACAAGGAAAUACACUGUUAAAAACUGCCAUUCCUGUGACCUCACUCAAAGUUGGAGAUGAAAUUCUGCUGAGAGUACAAGGAGGUGCUCGGCAUACGGGAAUAGAGAUUCAAGAAUUUAUAGUUGAGAAAUGAACAAGUAAUAAUGAGAAUUCAAGUUCUAAUAUUCAUUCAAUUUGUAAAUUUAUGUUCUCCUUGCAGCUAUGAAGAUAUAGUAGAUUAUGAACGGGUCAGAAAUGUGGAAAAAGACAGCUUAUAUUUUGAUAUACACAAUGACAUUGAAGCUGUUGAGUUAGAGGCUCUUUGGAUACAAGGUAGAAAUGUUUUAAAAGUUUCUUUCCUGAAAAUAAAGAGUAUUUUUCAGUAAAGAAACUCAAAUAUUUCUAAGCUCUAUUCAAACAGACUCUUUGACUGGUCCAAAUAAAGAGUAUUUCUUUCCUUUGAAAU